AAAGCCAAAGGUUCUCAAGGAGAGCAGGGCCCUCAACGUCCCACCAUCCCGCUUUCUCCUCCCCUUGGGACAGCGAUGGCCUGGCCCCUAGCCAGAACGAGGUGUUCUCAGGCGGUAGACCAGGUGUGGGAAGACAGAAUGGUAGAAUUGUGGAGUUGGAAGGGGCCACUGGGAUCACCCACCAGUGUUUGUGUCAUGCUACCUACACGUCUUCCAAGCCAGCCUACACCCCACAAGUACAGCGCCACUGCCAUUGAAGGGACAAGGCGUCAGAAGGACCGUACUGAGGGUGACCAGGACACGCAGCACUCAGCGCCAUGCAGAACACCCUGGGACCAGCCUGCAUCUUCCUGCGCAAGGGGAUUGCUGAGAAACAGGGGGAGCGGGAACUGGGAGCAGAUGAAAUCGAAGAGCUCCGUGAGGCCUUCGAUGAGUUUGACAAGGACAAGGAUGGCUAUAUCAGCUGCAAAGAUUUGGGCAACCUCAUGAGGACAAUGGGGUACAUGCCGACUGAGAUGGAGCUUAUCGAACUGUCGCAGCAGAUCAACAUGAAUCUUGGAGGGCGCGUGGAUUUCGAGGACUUUGUGGAGAUGAUGACCCCAAAGCUGCUGGCAGAGACGGCGGGCAUGAUUGGACUUCAGGAAAUGAGGGAUGCCUUCAAGGAGUUUGACACCAACGGGGAUGGCGAGAUCACUCUGGAUGAGUUGUACCAGGCCAUGCAGAGGCUGAUGGGCGAGCGGCUGACGUCCCGGGAGAUUGCUGAUGUGGUGAAGGAAGCCGACGUCAAUGGAGACGGGACGGUGGAUUUUGAGGAGUUUGUGAGGAUGAUGUCACGCUGAUGGAGUCGCCCUCCCCUCUCUGGUUCCAACGAAUAUGUGAAUGUAUGGAGUUCAACAUCAAAUCCCAGUGUGAACUGGGAGGGGAGGUCAAACCUCCGUUUGCAUAAAAGACUGAGCAGGGCAAGGGGUGGGUUGGCAGGGGGGCGUUCUUGGAUCGUCUCCCUAAGAGGAGGGCAAGCAUCCCACUUGGCAAAGUCCAAUCCCUGCAGGAAUCCCUUAUUACCGGGCAGCUGCAUUCAUCAAAUCUAUCCCACAACUGCUCCAACCAGCUCGGUUGAUCCCUCUCAAACACACCCCGGAAGGUCGCUUCCCAGCGCAAUGCCCUGCCUUACCUCUCCCUCCCCUCCAGCAAUCAUGUACAAUAAAGACUUCCUUGUAUAGGAUCGCUCAG